AUGCUUUUACAAAAAUUGGAACAUGAAGCAGAUGCUAUUAUUGGACUAGUUAAGUUACAAAGAACGAAUAUUCGUUACAAAAAUAACAUUAUGUAUAAUGAACUGACAAGUUUACAAAACAAUGUUUUAUAUAGUGUAUUUAGAAAAUCAAUAUUUCCAUCAUUAAAAAACAAAAGAGAUCUAGGAUAUUUAUUAGGAAUGUCAUUUGAAUGUGUUGAAAUUUGGUUUAGAAAAUUUCGAAAAUCGAAAGAUCUUUCAAAUGUAAAACUAGAAAAAAUUUCGUCUUAUACUAUUCUAAAUAUAUAUCUCAAUGAAGCUGUAAAUCUUAGAUCUUCUUACAAUAAUAAUUGA